AUGACGGCACUUGUUGUUUCCCACAUUUUGUUGAGCAAUGGCCCCUUUUGGUCCAAGGUAGGGGCACCUACAUUAGAACAGGACAUCUUCCAAGGCAGAUUCGUUCCACUUCCACGCGAUGGCCUUAGCGCAUCCGCAUUGCAGAUAGUUCUAGAAGUUCGAGUCGCAUACUUUCCCUUGACCUGUCUCAUCACUUACCAUCUUCUCGGACAUCUGCCGUUGAACUCGAAUCUGUCCAUACCUAAUCCCUACGAUGGUGUCAUUGGAAACCCUGCCACUCGAGAUCCUUCAGAUGAUCUCCUCACUCCUGCCGUUGCCGAAUCAGUUCUCCUUAUUUUGUUCCUCUGCCAAAUUGCGAAAUGCCACAGCCUACGGCCUUAUUCACCGAGGAAAAAAUCCAACGUCAGCUUGCAGAUCGCAGACAUUCAAGAGAUCUGGAACGUCCGGCCGCGCCGCAGCGAUGAUGUUUUUGGAAUGUCUUGUAGGGUCAGCAGGUCUUCAGAGAUAACUCUACUAGCUUCGGCUUUGUUGCAGAAUCAUACCAAAAUCUUCAACUGGUUACUCCAUUAUAAAGAUGAGAUUGGAAUCAUCGAUAUUCGAUCCUCAGACGCAGUAUCGGAGCAAAUAUUACCACAUUGGACUGCUCUCUUCGUCGCUCUUGUUUAUAGGAGACAAAAGGUGGCAAUGGAACUACUGGAUCAUGGUGCGCCCCCGACCGCUGUCAAAUCUGGCAUAACAGCGCUUCAUCUGGCCGCUGCUGGGGGCCUCCUUGAAAUGCUCAAACGUCUCGUGCAGCACUACGGAUUCGACAUCAAUCAGCCGGACGACCGAGGCGAUACGCCGUUGAUCUACGCAUUGUCAUCUCCUCGAGUCGGUAAGAAAUUGUUAGGGAGCUUGAUCCGCCUCGGCGCGGAUGUGAACAAGCCAACGAUCUGCCAAGCACAGUACCUGAGCCCACUUAGCAUCGCGAUUAUGGUUCAUCGAUGGGAUCUUGUGAUGGAGCUCCUCAAUUCUGGAGCAGACGCAGGCGGGAAGAUGGAGGUAAUGCUGGAUCAGCAGGGCCGCCAGCCAACAAAGCCACUGUCUUGCGCCUGCUUCACGCCCCAAGACUACCCGCAAGGAACGAAUGGACAACGAAAGGCGGUUAUUGCAAGGCUCCUGGAGGAAGGCGGCGACCCAAAUAUGUUGAUCACCUAUAACAACGAGAGCCAGCCGCUCCUCAUCCGGCUUAUCCGGAUGAAAAGAGAAUGGGAAGCAGCACAUCUCAUGGCAAGUCCACUACUUAACGUCAACGAACGGGACCGGCAGGGCAUGUCGGCCUUGGACUGGGCACUUUGCACCAAACACGGCAGACCCACGCUAGCGGAGCUAUUGUUACAACACCACGCUGAGCCGCCACUGAGCACAAUCCGCGACAUCGCGUCGCUCAUGACUCGAGUAUGGGGAGCUGCACCUUGUCAGAUAUAUGAUCUGCUGAGAAGAAACCCAAAAUUCUUCCCGUCUUAUCAGGUACUCUACAAGCACCUCUCCAACAUUGCCCCUGUUGAUAAGGGUCGCUAUGUGAAGGAGUUCCUACGUGGCUGUCCUGCACCGGUCGCUCGUCGGAUUGAGCAAGCCGGCCAGGUGCAGCUUAAUAACAAUGUUUUAUUGGAGUGCAUGAAGCAAAGUUUCAACGUAUGCAGUGCGUGGUCGCGUAGAGCUGCUCGUCAGGGAACAGCACACACACACACACAGCGCUAA